AAUAGGUAGCAAAAUCAUGCGCGGCACGAUGAUGCGACUCGGUGACACGGUGACGACACGAGCGAAGCCCGGCCGGGCCCCCGCCCUCGGCCGUCAUCGCCAUCGCCUGGCUCGCAGGCCUCCCGUCCUCCACACGCCCGCCUGCAAAAGUCCAACCCGUGGUGGCCUGGUGGACCAGUCCUCCCCUCCUCAGCUCACCACCACCAGUCCACCACCACCAGGGCAGCAACCGCCUCGCCGACGCGAUCUCCCUCCCCUCCCCACCCCCCAGCCUCCGCCGCCGCGGCGCGCGAUGCAAUUCCUCAUCGCCUCCGCCUCGGUCUCCUCGCCGGUGCCACCGUCCGCGCACCUCCUCCGCCUCUCGAGGCCCCUGCCCUUCCCGCACCUCCGCCGCCGCUGCUCCCUGCCCAAACCCCUCACCUUCACCCCCAGACCGCCGCUCUUACUCGCCUCGCGCCGCUCCCUGCCCGUCAUCCCACGUGCCCACGGCGGCCACGGCCACGGCCACGGCCACCACCACCACCACCACCAUCAUCAACACCACGGCCAUGACCACCACGGGCACGGGCACGGGGGAGCCGGGGGCGCGGUGGUCAUGCGGGUAGCGAGGGCGAUCGGGUGGGCCGACGUCGCCGACGCGCUGAGGGAGCAUCUCCAGGUCUGCUGCAUCUCCCUCGGACUGCUCCUGAUCGCCGCCGCCUGCCCGCACGUCGCGCCCCUCAACUCGGUCAGGCGCCUGCAGGCCGCCCUCGUCGCCGUCGCGUUCCCUCUCGUCGGGGUGUCUGCAGCGCUUGAUGCUCUUGUAAAUAUUGCUGAUGGAAGAAUAAAUAUCCAUGUCCUCAUGGCUCUUGCAGCAUUUGCUUCUAUAUUUAUGGGAAACUCAUUGGAGGGUGGCCUGCUUCUUGCAAUGUUUAACUUGGCUCAUAUCGCCGAAGAGUACUUUACAAGUAAGUCAAUGAUUGAUGUGAGGGAACUGAAGGAAAAUCAUCCGGAAUUUGCACUGUUGUUAGAAACAAGUGGAGAAGAAUCAGUACAGUUCUCAAGUUUAAGUUACACCAAAGUUCCUGUGCAUGAUCUUGAAGUGGGUUCUCAUAUUUUGGUCAGAGCUGGCGAGGCUGUGCCUGUUGAUGGAGAAGUCUACCAAGGUUCAUCAACUGUCACAAUUGAACACCUAACUGGUGAAACGAAACCUCUAGAAAGGACGGUGGGGGAUGCCAUACCGGGUGGUGCCAGAAACUUGGAGGGAAUGAUGAUUGUAAAGGUGACAAAGUCAUGGGAGGACUCAACAGUCAACAGAAUUGUCCAGUUGACUGCAGAAGGCCAGCUAAACAAGCCAAAGUUGCAAAGAUGGCUUGAUGAGUUUGGAGAGCACUAUAGCAGAGUUGUUGUGGCCCUGUCUUUGGUUGUUGCACUGUUGGGACCGUUCCUCUUUAAGUGGCCCUUUUUUGGUAACUCUGUUUGUAGGGGUUCAAUUUACCGUGGAUUAGGACUUAUGGUGGCUGCAUCUCCCUGUGCAUUGGCCGUAGCUCCAUUAGCAUAUGCAACUGCAAUCAGUUCUCUUGCUAGUAAGGGAAUUUUGUUGAAAGGUGGUCAUGUCUUAGAUGCUCUUGCUGCUUGUCAGUCUAUUGCUUUUGACAAGACAGGCACAUUAACAACUGGGAAGCUUAGGUGCAAAGCAAUCGAGCCCAUUCAUGGGCAUUUGGGUGUCACAAAUGGUCUUAGUGAUCCUUCUUGCUGCAUUCCAAACUGUGAAAGUGAAGCUCUAGCUGUUGCUGCAGCUAUGGAGAAAGGAACAACCCAUCCUAUUGGAAGGGCUGUUUUAGAUCACUCUGUUGGAAAGGAGCUCCCAAUGGUUGCUGUAGAAAGUUUUGAAUGCUUACCUGGUAUGGGAGUUGCUGCUACUUUGAGUGGUAUAAAGGCAAAAAACAACGAAAAUGAGCUAGCUAAGGCAUCUAUUGGUUCUGUGGAAUAUAUUUCUUCGCUGUACAGAUCUAGUGGUGAAUCUGAGCAAAUAAAAGAAGCUGCAAAAAGUUCUGCAUAUGGACCCGAAUUUGUCCAGGCUGCUCUAUCUGUUGAUAAAAAGGUAACCCUUUUCCACUUUGAGGAUGAACCGCGGUCUGGUGUUUGUGAAGUUAUAUCUACCUUACGAGAAAAGGCUAAACUUCGCAUCAUGAUGCUUACUGGAGAUCAUGAAUCAAGUGCCCUGAGAGUUGCUAAAGCUGUCUGUAUUGACGAAGUUCACUACUCUUUAAAGCCAGAGGACAAGUUGAAUAAAGUAAAAGCAGUUUCAAGGGAGGGAGGUGGAGGUUUAAUAAUGGUCGGUGAUGGUAUAAAUGAUGCGCCAGCUCUUGCAGCUGCAACAGUCGGAAUCGUUCUAGCCCAACGUGCCAGUGCAACAGCAGUGGCUGUUGCAGAUGUUCUGUUGUUGCAGGAUAAUAUCUGUGGGGUGCCAUUCUGCAUUGCUAAGGCUCGCCAAACAACUUCAUUGGUCAAGCAAAGUGUAGCUCUGGCCUUAACUUGUAUCGUUUUUGCUGCACUUCCUUCUGUCCUGGGAUUUCUUCCUCUUUGGUUGACGGUACUUCUUCAUGAAGGAGGAACCCUUCUAGUGUGCUUGAACUCGAUACGAGCCUUGAACGCCCCGACAUGGUCUUUGGUAGAUGACAUCCGACAACUUGUUGAGGGCCUAAGAAACUAUCUCUCAACGAAGUUGAACGGCUCUUCCUCAAACUAUGUAGCAAAUACUGUUCCCUUGUAGAUAGCAUGUACAACAACAGUUCCUUUCUUACCUUGUUUGUGUGGUACCAUUGGAAUUUAGGUGAGGGGUUCUUACUAAUUUUUGUAGGCUGUACUCUUAUCACCACCAUGUAAAGAAAUUUGCCUUCAUAUCGAGUUGAAAGUCAAAACAGUGCUGGACGCCCUGUUAUGAUAA